CGCGCUUUGUAACGAUGUACGUUGCGAUGGUUUUCCUGCAAGGCAUACAGAGAGGUAAAAACAGCAAGUUCUAGUAAAGGAUCCUUCAUGUACACAGUAGUUAAAAGUUACAAUUAGGCACAUCAAAUACGAUCAAUGCAGCGCGACUCCGAAUUAAACACAGAAUCCCUUCAACUAAUACCACCUGGUCCCACAAUGACCUCUAACACUUUGUCUCUCAAAAUUUCCCUUUGAUUUCCUUUCCGGCUCAGUGGUCUGAAGGCUAAGUGUUCGCGCGCGAGACCGCAGGUCCAGUGUUCAAAUCCCUCUGGCGGGAUCAUGGAUGUGCGCUGUUGAGGAGUCCCAUACCAGAACGAAACGGCUGUCCGGUGCUUCCAGAUUUCGCCCCAAAUGCUCUGGUACGGCCGAGAGUGGAGAGAGACAGCUCUCCCUCUCGAAAUGCUCUCACGUGGCCGCGUGCAUAUGGCCUUUGACAGGUAGGUCAUAUUCACUACGUUCUCGCGGUAGUGGUGUUUAAGAAAAUGAAAAUACAAAAACGAAUGUCCGGUGCUUUAACCGGUCUGGUGGACACAGAACGCUUACCUGCUUCCAAAUCAAUGGUGGACAUAGGCUCCAAGAUCCUGAGGAGACAAAUGACGUGUGAACCUAUUGUUGGUCACCGGCUAUUAUGAAACUGCAACUGCUUACGUUGCUUCACUGCCUUGUGGAAUAGACUUUUAAGUCAAAGGCUCCCGGUGUGACGCCGUGAAAACUACCUGCUUUUGUUCGGGCACCCGGGCAGUAUUCCAGCCCUCACACAAACUGGAUGAUAUUAAACAUCAGGUGUAAGGAGGUGUUAUUCCUUCGUUUCACAAGUCCUAAUUGCGUAUCCAACAGCAUCAGUGGUUCAAUGUCACUAUCUGCCAAAAUAAUGUGGAAUUUAAUUAUGCAUCUCAACCUAGUGAAAAGUUGUAGAGUGUGAAAGAAUAAGCUAACUGAUGUAUAAAUGAAAUAUAGAAAAGCGUGGAAAACAGGUGAAAAGUCUGGGUACAAACCUGGUCCAAUGAAGAGAUUAUAUGAUGGCUUUUGGGGAGAAGGGUUGGAGUUGCUGCAUGGAGGCCACUAAGUGCCCUGUUGAGUGUUAGCUGGUCGUUUAACCGGACUCGUGCUGUACUGAUCGGAUUUGAUUUGCUUAAUUGUAGGUUUUAAUUACUGUCUACAUGAAGGAUCCUUUACUUGAACUUGCUGUUUUUACUUGUCUGUAUGCCUUACAGGAAAAUCGCUACAUACAAGCUGAACCUGCUAGGAUGCAUAACUCCAUGAAGUAAUGUGAACUUGUUUCUUUCCUCAAUUAAGGUAUUACAACCACUGUGGCAAUGUUUUGCCAUAACGGGCAGCUAUUUAGUGGACUAAACUAUCUGCUUCUAGUUUCGAUUUCAGGAUUAUUUUAAUCUGAGGCUUGUGUUACUGUUUAUUGUUGUCAAUUGCUUUCCUUAAUAGUGUGCCUAGUGGGUCAUCGGCUCACUUUUUCUUUUGUUAUCUUGUUCAGCUCUCUGUAUGCUCCAUUAGUACACAAAGUACCUUCUGACUAAACGCGAACCGCUACAACGUUUUAACGCAGCGGGAAACACGUUAUUUUAGUAUCGACUAUCAGAUUGUCUUACUCUUACUCUUGUUUUAUUCCUGUUUGUUACCAAUCGCCUUCAUUGUUAAACGCAAGUGCAUUCUGUAUUCUUACUGACUUGGCUCAGUUUUUCUCUCGUUCUAUUCUUAGAUUUUCACACUCACUUAUGACAUAACAUACUUUCAGGCUAGACGCAAAACAUCCAAAGGCUGGACGUUACAACUUCAUAAAAAGUUGAUUAUCUUAAAAUAAGUCAAUGACUGGUUCAGUUACUUUCGUAAUUGGGUAGUCUCGUUUACUUCAGUAUAAGCUUUGUUACGCUAAUAAUGAAACUGCUACAUGGCGAUGCAAAUAUUCCCGACAUUAAGUCCAUAUUUGGUUCAGAUGUAUCUGGAUGUAUUAACAUGAAUGUAAUGCCUGGCAGCAAAUCAGCAAACCUAGUCCCAUACGCCGUUGAAAAGUUCCAAAGUGGAGAGACAGAAACGAUUAUAUGGUGGAGCAAGCAUGGCGCUGUCGCGAAGACUGUUGCGUGUGCUGAGAUGUUCAAGAGCAUUGUACUCAAUACAAUCUCACAGACGUCACAAUUAGAUGAUGCCAGCCCACCAAAAAUGUACCAAUGUAGUCGCCUGCAUAUUCAAUCAUGUAAUUGCUCAGUUCCUGAUACAACAAUAAGUUGCACCCUGGAAGAACCGGGGAUUGCUAUCCUAUUUUCUAAAUCUCAAUUCCCAGGAGAAGAUUGUCAACUGCCUGUUGAUUUUGGGGGUAACAGUUUUUCAGACUUUAUAAACAAAGGGGAUACAUCUAAAUCAAAUUUAGAUCAUCCACCUAGUCGUCGUCGCUUAUCCCGUACUAUUCGGAAAAAACGUGAUACUGUUCGUGAUUCCAAUAAAAACGAGGCCAAGUUUGUUAAUAAUGGUUCUUCAGAGAUGGGUGAUUUCCAUAAUGUCUCUUUUCAAACACCCCGUCUGGCUGCGGCUAUUUCAAAUGUAAAUAAAGUAUUAAAGCACAAAAAAUUGAACAGGAAACGAAAAAAGUCAAUUUCGUAAAGAAAUACUUUGUGGUGUAUUUUUAUUUACCUAGUUCCGAUUGUGAUGUCCAUUACCCUUCCGCACUUAUUUUUACAAUGAAACAAAGAGUAUAAAAUUGCAAUACACUUUAUAUUAUAUCAUUUAGUACAAGUUUUUUAAUAUACAAGAUGUAUAGCCAAGUUGAUUUUCAAAAUAUUUCUCAGACAAAUCUGCUACACAAUUGUUAUUUUAAAAGCAUAAAUAAUAACUUGUAAAACCUAGAGCAUGGUAGUCUGUCAAUGUUCGCUCAAUAACCAAUCUUCUGAACAAGUAGCUUCGUAAGGAUAUGCGUCUAGAUUAGUCUGUAAAUUUGUACACUCAGCCGCAAUUCUCCGUCAUUGUCUUGGUUUGCUUCAGGUUGAUCUUUUACUGGAGAUUCAUUUUGUACUGAGUCUUCACUGAGUAAUGAUACGUCUUGGUCACUGAAUUGUAACCUUAGUGGGUAAGUGAUGUUUGUCUCCCGAUCUUCUUCCAUUACGGUUAUUCGCUUUUUCAGUAGAUUAACCUUGUUUAUUGAAAA